AUGUAUUCUCGGAGAUAUGACAGAAUCCUGGACUUUGACAAUAAAAAGUCUGAACACGAACUUUUAGGAGAGUACAAUUCUAUAUCGUUUAAAGACUGCGCAGAGAAGUGUCGAAAAGAGUGUGGCGUCUUUGGAUAUAAUGAUGGAUUGAUGAAGUGCCGGACCCACAAGAAACUUCACAAGACUUCAGUGUCUGAUCAGGCCGGCUGGAGAUAUUUUUUUCAUGAUUUUAUUCCUACAGAUUGUAAGAAUCUUCGGAAAGAUGGUCACACUAAUACAGGAGUGUAUGAAAUCUAUCCCUAUGGCACAAUUACCAGUCCUGUUAGAGUUUACUGCGAUAUGGAGACAAUGGACGGAGGAUGGACGGCAAUUCAGAAACGGGUAAAUGAAUCCCUGAACUUUCGCAGGAAUUGGACAGAAUAUAAGAAUGGUUUUGGUUCACCGGAACAGAAUGUCUGGGUUGUAAGAAAAGAAUGA